CGUUAUCAAUCGUCAUUGCCCGAAGUCGCGGCUUGGCUUCUAGUAGCAGUUGGUAGUUCGUCUUCACCGGCCGGAGCUGGCCGCGAAGCUACUGGCCCCGGCCGUUUUAUGCCGCCCUUAUGCGAGCCGUCCCCCUUCGCAUCGCUCCUCCAAAAAUGCGCGUCCGCGACCGCCCUCGACACCGCCCGCCGGCUCCACGCUCUCGUCCUCACGACCCGCGCCGUCUCCCCGUACGUGAACAACAAUCUGCUCUCCAUGUACGCUCGCUGCGGGUCGCUGGACAGCGCGCGGCAAGUGUUCGACAGAAUGCCUCAGAGAAACGUAGUUUCUUACAACGCGCUCAUCUCGGCUUAUUCUCGGGUGCCCGGUCGGGCGUCCUCGGCCUUGGGGUUGUUCGCCCGACUGGGCGACGAGGGGCUGAGGCCUAAUGGGCUGACGUUCACCAGCUUGUUCCAGGCUUGCUCUUUGCUCGAAGAUCGGUUCGCGAGUUCUUUGCUUCAUGGUCGUGUCGUGAAAUGUGGGUUUGCGGAUAAUGUCUGUGUUCAGACGUCUAUUCUCGGCAUGUACUCUAGUUUCGGGGAUCUGGAAUCUGCAGGGAACGUCUUCAGGUGUAUAGUCGAUAAAGAUGCUGUCGUGUGGAACUCGAUGAUUUUGGGGAGUUUGAAGAACGAUAGAAUCGGGGACGCUCUCCGCAUAUUCAGGGAGAUGCUUGCAUCUGGUGUUUCUCCGACUCAGUUCACGUAUUCAAUUGUCCUGAAUGCUUGUGCAAAGCUGGAACAUCAUACCUAUGGACGGAUUGUCCAUGGCCAAGCAAUUGUCUCUGGCACCACCUUUGAUCUGCCUAUGGAGAAUGCCCUGCUUGACAUGUAUCUUAACUGCGGUGACAUAAGUACUGCACAGAGUAUUUUUGAUGGAGUGCAGAAUCCAGACAUUGUUUCUUGGAACUCAUUGAUUUCUGGGUAUACAGAAAACGGUCAUGGAGAAGUUGCCAUAGAGAUCUUUAUACGGUUAAUGAGACUUUGUUCUAAACCAGAUGAAUACACGAUUGCAGCUGCCAUUUCUGCAACGGGAACAUUCUUAGUCAAUGACUGUGGGAAGGCUCUUCAUGGUCAAGUCAUUAAAGCUGGAUUUGAAAGUAGCGUCUAUGUCGGAACUACACUAAUCUCCAUGUACUUUACCAAUGGAGAAAAUGGGUAUGCUCAUAAUGUUUUCCACUCAUUACCAGUAAAGGAUGUGGUUAUCUGGACAGAGAUGAUCACAGCUCAUUCUAAAUUGGAAGAUGCAGAGACUGCAAUGAAAUUUUUCUAUGAAAUGUACAAGGAAGGCCAUAAGACUGAUAGUUUUGCUUUAAGUGGAGCUUUGAGCACAUGUGCUGAUCUUGCAGUUCUCAAACAAGGAGAGAUGAUACACUCCUUGGCGGUAAAAAUGGGAUAUGAUGUCGACAUGGCUGUUUGCGGUAGUCUAGUUGACAUGUAUGCUAAAACUGGAAACCUUCAAGCUGCUGAGUUAAUAUUUUCUGAUGUUUCCAACCCUGAUUUGAAAUGCUAUAACUCGAUGCUUGGAGGAUAUGGCUACCAUGGAUUGGCAGAGAAGGCAUUGGAACUUUUUGAUGAAAUUCUUGUGGCCGGUCUACUUCCAGAUCAAGUGACCUUCCUAUCAGCACUCUCUGCUUGCAACCAUAGUUCCUUGGUCAAAGAAGGGAAGAACUUAUGGAAUUGUAUGAGAAACUUUAAUCUUAGGCCAGGCCCUAAGCAUUACUCAUGCAUGGUCAGUUUGCUGAGCCGAGCAGGAUUACUGGAAGAGGCAGAGGAAAUGAUUAACAAAUCACCAUUCUAUGAUGACCAUUUAGAAUUGUGGAGAACCUUGCUUAGUUCAUCUGUAAAUUGUCAGAAUUUGCGCAUGGGAAUUCGUGCUGCUGAGCAUGUUCUGAGUUUGGAUGUAGAAGACACUGCAACUCACAUCUUGCUCUCUAAUCUUUACGCUGCUGCAGGGAAGUGGGAUGUUGUUGCAGAAACAAGACGAAAGAUAAGAGGGCUCGCGAUGGAUAAAGAUCCAGGACUAAGUUGGAUUGAAUCCCAGGAUACAAUUAAUGCAUUCUCUUCUGGUGAUCAGUUACAUCCUACUAUAAGCAAAAUUCAGUCUGAACUUAACAGCCUAAUUGGAAACAUGAAAAGAUCGGAAGUUGAUGAGUUUGAUUCAAUAAUAUGUGGUAUCUAGAAUGAGGAGUCCAGAUUUAAUACUUCUUUUCCAGUGAAACUUGGUCAUCAGCACCAAAACAGGAGAUGAUGAUCUCAUCAUGUAUCAGUGCAGGCAUAGGCAACCUCCUGUGGAAUGAGACACCAGAAAGAGAGCAGACAGUUGCUUUAGAUGGAGACCAGAUAGCUGCUCCCAUGGCAGAGCCGAUAGAUUCUUUGUCUGUUCUAGUUUACUCUCCAUCCUUAGAUUCUUCUCCAUCUGAGCUUGACUUACCUAUUGCUCACAGAAAAGGUAUACAUUCCAUAGUUAACACUCAGCCAAUCUAUACUUCUCCGAGUUAUAGUCAUGUUCUUCUCCCUAGAUGGUAUUCCUCUCUUCCUUGGAUCCUCUUUUUAUUCCUAAAUCUGUCACAGAAGCAUUGUCUCACGUUGGCUGGGAAGCCGCAAUGAAGGAGGAAUACCAUGUCAUGAGAAGAUGCACACUGCACACGAUCACUGUAACAUUCGGCCCAUCCUGCCUUCUACAGUGCUCAGUAGAAACAGUCAACUAUGGCAUCAAAUAGGUUACUGUAGCUGAGAUUUUUAUUUCACACCACGACUCUAGAGGCACUGAACAGAGCAUAAUCUAGCCUGAAUGCUCUUGGAUCAGCAGCAUGCCCAAAAUAAGGGUGCAAACUACAGAGAAGAGGGUAAUUGUUGCCUAGCAAUAAUUGGACUACAGGUCCUAAUAAAGGAGCAGAACUAGCUGCAAAUUGAACACCUGGGUUGAACAUUGUCGGGACGGACUGCGGGACAGUAGUAACAGGUAGUGAAUGAUUGAUAGCUUCUAAUGCUGCUUUAAGACCCUAAAUGGCAGGUAGCACGAACUGAGGUAUAUAUCACCAAUAAUUGGCUUGUUGCCAACAUGCAGAUAAGCAAUGUUGACGCAAUGUGCGUGUAAAGUCUGAUUACUCCCUUAGCAAAGACAUCAGAGCAAGUCUUGUCUCCAACUAGGUGGAUACCUCCAAGUUCCCGAUUCCCAGCACCACUUGGAUUCUGAUGUUUAUAUUUUACAGCAAGAGCACAAAGUUUUGUAGUGUUCUUCAACCUACACCAUGGACUGGUUUUGAGUUGGGGAGGUCGUCUCCAUGAAAAUAGACAACCUGCGACACCUUGACUCUCUGCUUGAAGUAGCAUUAGUGAAACAGAUGUGAGAUGUCUCGAUCAGAAGAUAAGGGUAAAUUCUUUCAAUAGAGAAAGACAAAAGCAUACCUAUGACCAUAGAAACAGAAACAACACUGAGAUGAAGUAUGAGACUGAGACAAUUCUUAUGCAGAAUCAAUGGCUGUUUCAAGUGAUGAGACAAGGAACCAACUGAAAUCUCUGAUGAGUAUUGAGAGUCCGAAACUCUGAGAUUGAGGCUAUCAUCUUCCCAGUCUCUCCUACCACGCAACUCUGUUUUUUUGUUGGAUAAGUAUGUACAGGCCGGCAUUUUAUUUGUAAACUGUACUGAGAAAUUUUCUAGCUCCCCUUCUUUUUUCCUAAUUUCAAAUCCCACUUAUCCGACAAAACAUUCUUAGGCUUUCAUUGUCCCAAAUCAUCAGUUUUCUCUGAACAAAUUAAACAGCCAAAUGGAGUCAUUUUGCA